AUGCAUGAAAAAGUGAUUGUUCACAUCGACAUCGACUGCUUUUAUGCGCAAGUUGAGGAAAUCUUGGAGCCGUCAUUGCGCGAAAAGCCUUUGGGGAUCCAGCAAAAGACUUGUUUAGUCACUUGCAAUUACAAAGCUCGCGAAUUUGGAUGCAAAAAGCUCAUGUUUAUACCGGAAGCGCAGAAAUUAUGUCCUGAAUUGGUGCUGGUGAACGGCGAAGACCUCACAAAGUACAAGAAAAUGAGCGAUCAAAUUUUUAAUUGUCUCCAAAAGUUUUCAUGCAACGUCGAGAAGCUUGGAUUGGACGAAAAUUUCGUUGAUGUUACGGAAAUUGUUAAUAAUCGCAUGAAAAACGAGGAAAAAAUUGAACUUUCUGAAGGAACUUUUAAAUUGAGCUUCGAUGAGGAGUCACAGGAUGAUUCGGAAUGCGAAUGUGGGUGUCAUAAGAGAUUAUAUCUCGGUUCAGUCAUCGCUCAAGAAUUGCGAAAAGCACUUUUCGAUGAUUUGGGCAUCACAUCAUGUGCGGGAAUCGCUCACAACAAGCUGCUGGCGAAAUUGGUUGGAUCUCAGAACAAGCCGAACAAACAAACGAUAAUUUUUCCGCAUCAAGCGACAGAAUUCUUACGAAGUUUGGGCCCUGUGCGAUCAUUAUGCGGCAUUGGAAGCAAAACGGCGGAGAUUUUAGAAGGUUUAGGAGUAAAAACGGUUGAAAAUCUACAAAAUAUCGAAAUAUCUGUGUUAAAAAAGAAAUUUGAUGACAAAACGAGUGAAAAAUUGAAAGAACUGGCACUCGGCAAAGACAAAUCCGAGGUAAAACCAACGGGAAAACAGAAAACAAUCAGUAUUGAGGACUCAACUUACUCAAAUCCAUUGAAAAAUUUGGCGGAAUUUGAGACAAAAUUGAAUGUUUUGCUCACGAGAUUAGUCGAUGCUGCGAUAAUUGAACAGAAACGGACCCCAACAGCUUUCCGACUGACAAUUCGGAAGACAAUGAACGUCAAGGAGCUUCUACAGAGAGAAAGUAAGCAAAGAGAUGUUCCCCAAUCGUGGUUUAAAUCAUCAGAUCCGACGGUAAUUGUGCCGCUUUUGUAUCCAGUUGCCAUGCAAUUGUUCAAACAAAUCAUGAACGAAGAGAAGGAAUUCAAAAUAACGUUAGUUGGAGUCGCUUUUUCGAAAUUUCUUGACCAAAUGCAAAGUGAAGACGCGAAUGCCUUGCUAAAAUUUCUAAAACCGAAGACAGAAGAUGAAAAAUUAAGCCCAAAAGUGGAAAAAAGUCCUCCUUUAAAGGAAAUUUCCAAAGAAAAGUCAGUCAUAAAGAAAUUUUUUAAGCCGAUAGAGAAUGACGAACAAAAAAUUAGUGAAGAAAUUCUUCCAAAAAAGACAUCUGAACCAAGUUCUCUUAUGAAUUUUUUCAAAACCGCUGAAAAUAAUAGCAAAACUCCUCCAAAAACUGUUGAUAAAAAGCGAAAAUCUGACACAAAUCCCGAAAAAAGUCCUUCCCCAAAAAAACUUAAAGCCGAAAAUCCUUCAGAAACCGAAGAAUCCACUUCAGAAGCAGUCAAAUCAACAAAUCCCGACCAAAAAUCAUCACUCGACUUCGAAAUUCCGAAAGAUAUGGACACAAAAUCCUUCAAUCGUCUUCCAAAAGCAAUCAAGAAACGAAUCAUAAACGACUUAAAGAACGCCGCAAAGCUCAAAAUGAAUCCUUCGUUGAUCGAUUACCCAAGAAAACCUGAAAAAAUCAUCGCAAAGAGCAAAAUGGAUGCUUUCGUGUUCAAAUAUUAAUCAAAAAAAUAUAAAGUGAUAAAAAAUUUUUGCAAAAGUUGUUGAAAUAAAUCCGAGCAAAGCUCAGUUAAUCGCAAUUCAGAGCGAAUAUUUUUUUUUUCAAGGAAGAGUAUUUACUCAAGACAACUUGAGUUCGAUUUAUUUAUCGAUAAACAAAGUUUUUUGUCUGCUU